GAGCCGACGUCGAAUCGGAUUGUCAGUUCAGCCGCAGCGGAGCACGGGUCCUCUUUUACACAGACCCUUGCGUGGAUGCCUCCCGUUUACAGUGGAGCCAGAGAGAGGUUAAGAACAUCUCUGUGCCCUGAAGGUGCUGACCAACAACGCCGACGGGUAGAAAGCAACACCGACUCCCGCAUUACCCCACGAAAAGGACGUAUAAGCGUUGAGACGCUCUUGGCUGCCUGUACGUGACGCAACGGGUGGACGGUUCCGCAUUCGAUAUUGCGUCAAGAGCUCGGCACUGGGCAUCACAUUGUUAAGACAAACAGGCGUUAAAGAGCUUGGAACAGGACCUCAAGUCACUGCGUUUCGUGGAUUCACCUCUUCUUUGUGCUGCGUGCAGCGAGCACUGCCUGUUCACGGUUGAAGUUACCGUUACGUCACCGGCAGUUCCUUACUUCAACCGCAACAUCCGCAACAUCGCGACCACGCAUUCCUAAAUACAGUAUGGCGCACUCGCCACUCCUAUUUGUACUCGCCGGCGCGUUUACUGCGUACGUCCUCUACACACGCAUCACACUAUACUUUGCGCGGCGGCAAUUCAAGAAAGACAAUGGCUGCCAACCAUGCCCCAACGUCUUCCACAAGGACCCCUUCCUGGGCCUGGACGUGAUCCGCGUGAUGGGCAUCAACAGCAAGAAGCGUGUGUUGUUGGAAGAGAACAGAAAACGCUUCGAGCGUCUCGGCAACACCUUUCACACCCGCAUGGCAACGACGCCCGUGAUCGCCACAUGCGAGCCCGAGAACAUCAAAACCGUGCUGAGCCUGAAGUUCAAGGACUACAGCUUCGGCCACCGCACGACCGCGCUCACCCCGCUGCUGGGCCACGGCAUCUUCAACGCCGACGGCGAGCAGUGGGCCAACAGCCGCCACCUCCUGCGCCCCAACUUCGCCCGCGACCAGGUCGCCGACCUCGACGCGUUCGAGCGCCACUUCCAGCUUAUGCUAAAACAUAUUCCGACCGACGGCUCGACCUUUGAUCUGCAGGAGCUGUUCUUCAUGCUCACCAUCGACACCGCGACCGAGUUUCUCUUCAACCACUCCACCAACACGCUGCGCCUGAGCGGCGACAAGUCCGACGAUAAUGAAGACGUCGCCUUCGGCAAGAUGUUCAACUUCGCCCAGGACGACGUUGCCGUGCGCCUGCGCCUCGGCCCGCUGGACCGCUUCCGCAAGAACACCAAGGGCGAGGACGCCAUCCGCGUGUGCCACGAGUACAUCGCGCGCUUCGUCGACGACGCGAUUAGCUUCGCGCAGUCGCCCGCCGCGCAGAAGACGCCGGAGCGAUAUGUGUUCAUCCACGAGCUGGCCAAGCAGACGACGGAUCGUAAUCGGAUUCGUGACGAGCUGAUCAACAUCCUGCUCGCGGGCCGCGACACGACGGCAAGUCUGCUGAGCAACUUGUUCUUCGAGCUCGCGAAGCAGCCUGCGAUCUACGCGAAACUGAGGGACGAGGUCGCGUUUCUGGGUGGUGCGCCGCCGUCGUACGAGCAGCUCAAGGGGAUGAAGUAUCUGAAGUGGUGUUUGAACGAAUGUACGUCCUGUCUUACACCGCCCACACUCCCUCCCCACCCCAACCUUGCCUUGCCCUGACUAACUCCCCAAGCUCUCCGCACCCAUCCGGUCGUCCCCUCAAACUCCCGCCUCGCCCUGCGCGACACCCUCCUCCCCCUCGGCGGCGGCCCACACGGCACAUCCCCCCUCUUCGUGCCCAAAGGCACAAUGGUCGGCUACUCGCCCUACACUAUGCACCGCCGCACGGACCUCUACGGCCCCGACGCCCACGUCUUCCGGCCUGAGCGCUGGGAGAGCUUGCGCCCGGGCUGGGAGUAUCUGCCGUUCAACGGCGGCCCGCGGAUUUGUCUCGGGCAGCAGUAUGCGCUCACGGAGGCGGGGUAUGUGGUGUGCAGACUCGUGCAGGGGUAUAGCGGGUUGGAGGAUAGGGAUGGGGGGCCGU